AACAUCAAUACUCGGAGAAAGAACAGAAAAAUUAGAGUACACUAUUAAAAAAUUAAUGGGCGUAGCAAAGGAACUUAAAGAAUCGAAGAAAAUGACAGAUGAAACGAAUGCAAUGCGAUUGAAAAAAAUGGGAAAGAGAUCAACGUCAGUAGAGAGUGAUCCAGGAAAAGGAAUGGUAUUGAAUCGUACUAAACCACGUUUAAAGAGAAAGAGUCUCUCCUUGGAACAAACAUCUGGGCGUCAGGAGUCUCCAGCUAUUUGGGGCACCGAUAGCAACUUGUCGAGCAUGCAAUCGUUGGAGGGAUCGGAAAUUGAUUCUCGCGGAGCUAGUUUACAGAGAGAUUCCAGCGUAGACAGCCGUCUUUCCGGAGGAUCGACAAAGAGCGAAAUGUUAGACCGGGACAAAAAAUAUGGUAAAGGGAUAAUACGAAAAUUAACACAUAAGUUAACUAAAUCGUCUAGUGUAGAUGACCCGAACAUGACCGACUACUCGCUCCAGACAUCUGGUUCUGAAACCAGCAUCAAUGAAAGCAGUAAGAUGGAAAAGAAAAAUUUAAAGAAAAAGUUAACAGCUAUGUUCAAAAGAGGUUCAAGAAGCAGCAGUGUAGACAAAAAAACUGGUAAUUCCAGUAGACCUGCUUCUAGGAAUUCCAUGACAUCAGAUUAAUAAUCUCGUAUGUGCAAUUUUACUAAAGGAUUUAAUACUUUAUCUAAACAUCAUGAUUAUUGUUUCCCGAAAAUAUAGUAUUAUAUUCGAAAAUAUAAUAAAAAGGCAGACUGCUCAAAUUCGUAUUUAGAUACUGUAUACUCAGAGAGAGUAUAGUCGGUAUCAGAAAAGCACGCAAAUCGAAAACGAUCCGUGCAUGAUCAUAAGUGAGUGUAAAACAUAUGUACAUAUCCUUAUACACGUGUAUAAUACGCAAUCAUUUGGAAAAUAUAAUAUAUAAAGUUACCUGGGGCUGUAUCUAGAAGUUAUUGAUUUAUUUUAAAGCCAUUUGCACCAGAAAGUUUUCACUACCAGUCUUUAUAACCAAAACGAACAGCUAACAUUGCAUUUCGCGCAACCAGCAGCAUCUAUGGACAAAGUGUCUUCAUUUAUAUAAAUUCAACAUAUAAUAAAACCUUUGUUAUCUUCUGUAUUUCAAAAAGAUUAUCUAAUAAUUUUAAAUCUUACUUACAUAAGACAUUCAAAUAUAGAACUCAAGUCAAAUAUUAUAUAUUCUCAGUCUAUAUUACAGAUGUGCCUACCAUAUAUAUAGAAAAAUAAGUGCAUAUGUGUUUAAUGAAAUUCACUAUAAAAUAAUACGGUUUUAGUGGAGCGUGAGUUUUAGAAGCUCGGACGUCUUUAUGUACAAUUAUUUUAACAUGUAAAUCGUUUCACAAUAUGAAGCUUGGAAUUAGGGAUAAAAAUAAACAGAAAUUAAUGUUU